AGGCGAGAGGGCUGCGGGCGGCGAUCGGCGAUCGGCGUGGGCACCUGCGGUCCCCGCGCGGAGGCUGGCUCUGGAAGUGAUCCGCUCCCUCAGAAUGGGACACUGACCCCUUCUGCACUUCCUGUGGUCACACCGGUAACGGGUUUCCGUGGGGAUGCCUGUGACCCACCAGAAGUCAGACUCCUCGGAGAUGGACUCCAACACGUCCCCCCACUGCGGGCUCAGGGACCUGAGCAGAGGUGGGAGUUUGGAGAGUCGGAGCAGCGGGUCUCGGUCCAGAAGUUUCACAUUGGACGACGAGAGCCUGAGGCACCUCACCCACGAGGAGAAGGACGUCAUCCUGUUUUUUGAAGAGACUAUUGAUUCCCUGGAGGACGACUUUGAGGAGUUCGUCCUGUGUGACAGUGGUGAGCGUCACCACUCCUCACGCUCUCUGGAAGGGAGCACGUCCAGUCCUUCCGAGCCUGAAGACGUCAUCGAUUUGGUUCCAGCACCUGCCGCUGGGGAGGCCGAGCAUCUUCCGGACGGGACGCAUGCAGCCGGUGAGGAGGAGACACAAGGGGCCGGACCUGUUAGGAAGGACAACGUUCCCGGCCUGGAGUGCAGGGGCCUAGACGCUGAGGAGGCUGCAGCGCCAGACCCCGUGCCGGAGUCCCUCCCACUGUCCCCAGCCCCACCUGGCACUCCAGCUCCGAGCCAGCCUAUGAGGGACCUGCUCUCUCCUCCUCCCGCGGAGCACCCCAAACUGCCUCGCUCAGUUCCUACCCCCCUGGUGAUCGCCCAGAAGUUGGGAGGAAAUGAGGCCCUUUCGCCCAAGUCCCCCUCCAAGGACAGCAGGCCAGGAGAAUGGAGGACGCCGACCUCUCCAGCCCCACGGAACGGGGACUACAUCCAGUGGCACAGACACGCAGCCCAGCCCACACCCAAGGCCCCCCGCUUCCCCAGCAACAUCAGCCUGACCAAUAGCUCAGGGAAGGGGUUCAACAAGACCAUCUCCAAGGCUGCCGUCAGCGUGCAGGAGCGGAAAGCGCAGGUGCUGGCCAACAUCAAUGGUGUCUCAUUCCUCACAGUGGGGGACACGGAGGAGCGGCCACUGAGGGGCGACAUCCCUGAGCAGAGGUGGGGCUCCUCCCCAGAGCGGGCACUGAGUGACCUGGGCCAGCAGGGCUCGGCCAGGGAAGCAGAAGGCCCCCAGGUAGGGGGGCAGGCCGGGGGCCAGCAGUCCAGAGGCGUGCAGACCGAGUCCCCGGCACUGGCCAACGGCUUCCAGACCAUCCACGACGUGCUGACGAGCGAGCCCAGUCCCUUCGUGCCGGCCGGGAAGACGGUCACCAUCCGCCCAGACCCGGCCCUUCCCAGCAGGCUGGCACGCCAGGGUGCCAGCAGGAGCUGCUAUGAGCCCCGCCAGCCAGACUGUGGCCAGGACGCCCGGAGGCGGUCGGGCUCCCUCCCCAGGGCCAUGGGCUUCCGGCCCCAGGGCAUCACUGUGCAGUUCUCCGGCCGGGGCUCCUCAGAGGAGGCCAGGCGCGAAGCCCUGAGGAAGCUCGGGCUGCUCAAGGAGAACUCCUGACAUGAUGUGACAGGGACCUGCUACUGGGGCCGCUGGGCCAGUUGGGCGGCAGGAUGGCAUGGGAGGGCGAAACGAGAAGUGUGAGCAUCAGCUCGGAUUGGUCUCAUCCCACACACCAGGAGCUGCGUGGCCCGAAAUGGACAUAAGGAGCAACUAGUUAUCUGUGUUCCUCUGCUGUGCCCCGUUGAGGACAGAGCCAAGAGGCACCAGGUUUGGUGACCGUGGAGCCAAGCAGGUGGGGAGAGAGUAACGCUCCAAAGAGAAUCAGGCCUGUGUCUUGUCUCCUUCCUUUUUCCAAGAACUCAGAGAAAGAAUAAUCUUUAAAACUUUGCCAGGAACAGUGGCACACACGUGUAGUCCCAGCUACUCUGGAGGCUGAGAAAGGAGGAUCGCUUGAGGCCAGGAGUUGGAGGUUGCUGUGAGCUAUGUCACCAUGGCACUCUAGCUUGGGCAACAGAGUGAGACUCUGUCUCACGAAAAAUAAAAUAAAACAAUCUGUCAGUUUCCCUGAUCUGUAAAUGCCACGUGAUUUCGGAUGGGGGGGUUGGGUCUGCUCUGUCACUCUCUGGUCUGACUUUUAUCCUCAGUACACAUCACAGGAAGUUUAGGUCCUUUCUACUCAGGAUCUUGCCUUUCUCCUAAGAAUUUAAAAAAGAACUGCUUAUAAAAUGUUUAUAAUGUCUUAAUAUACGUUUUUUGGUUUUGAGGGAUACAAAGGAUGGUACUUUAGCCCUAGAUAUACUUCUCUUUCUUGAUACAAUUGGGUUUGCUCAGUUUUUUUAUACUGCAAAUUGGAAUGAAACUUUCAGAGUAUGAUUUUCUGUAAUUUUGAGUUGUGGGAAUGAAAUAGAAGGGCUCAAUUUGGGAAAGGUGGUGAUUUUGAGAACCUCCCUGGACUACAAGGUCAGCUUUACUGGGACGUGUGUACGAGCCGGCGUUGUGUGUGUGUAUGUACAUAGGAAUGUGUGUGGGUUCACGUUUGUUCACACGUGUACACAGGUAGUGUGUGCACACACGCACCUUCAUUAUAAAUAAUAAGCUUCUGAAAACCCGCCUCAGUAGCUACAGAGUGCCAGCACUUCCGUCCUCCACAAGGUGAUGACGAGACAAGAAAUCGCCACUCCCCAGCCUGGAAGUCUCUUAAGGACGCAUCUCCAAGACAGCUCGGUGAACCGAAAGUGCUUUUCCCUCAACAACGUGUCCCCUGUUUCCAAUUCAAGUAAUAUCCCCAGCUCCAAAUGAGCACGAUAGUUGCCUUUAUAGGAAGGGUGGUUUUAACAGAUUAAUCUCCUUGAUCGUCUGAUUUUAGUUUUGCAUGUUCAAGGUAGCCAGUAAACAGCAGAAAACAGAAGAUUCUUAAAGGUCCUUAAUUGGUGACAUCCCGUGAAUACGAUCUCAGGAUUAAUUCAAAAGAGAAAACCCAAAGAGUUAGGCUACACAGCAGGGAAAAAAGUGGUUUUCUCCUCAACUAUGUCUGACAUGCUGAGUUGUACCCACAAGCAUUAUUAUCAAAACUAUUUAAGGCUGGAGUCUUAAAGCUCUAAAAAUAGACAGGAAGGGCAGCUGCGAGCGGUCACACCGUGUUGGUGCCUCAGCCAGCACCGUAACAGAGUCUGUCUCUUUCUCAUCGAAUAUUACUUAAAUUUAGACUUUGAAACGUGCUGUGAAGGGCGCUUUUCAUGGUCUUCAUUUUGCCUUAUAAGUUACAUAAAAUGAAUGACUAUCAUUUUUCCCACAGAUCUACGCAGGUUAGUAUCUCACCCAGCUCUUGCUCUCAUGAGUAAUAAGAAUCUCGUAGAUUCUUGAUGAUCUUAAAUAGGUGCUUUCAUUUUACAACUUUUAAACAUAGUUCCUUUCAAUUUUACUCUUGUUUAUGUUAAACUUGUUUAAAGGAUUUAUGAGGGCUGUUUCCUUUUUAUAGAGAGAAAUGCCAGACAGUGUUUAAUGAAGAUCUUGAUAUGAAUAAUGUUUUAACUAUUCUGUGUCUGUAAGGAUUGUUUCUUUUUAUCUUAUCCCGUGAUUUCAUUGUGAGCAGGGUGAACUUGACUGCCUAUUAAUAUAUUCUCGUCAUCACAUUUA